UGCGGCCCCAUGUGUUUUGGGCCUUGAAGGAAAAAAACAAUUUGCUGUUUUCAAUUUAUUUUUACUUUCUCGUAUACGAGGUAUAGAGGAAGUUUAAGUUAAAAUGCGAAUUAAUAAAAGGUAAUAGUUAUACAUAUUUUUAUUUUUAAUUGGCAGAAGAGUACUGAAGAGUAUCCAAAAACUUUCUUCAUCAUCUAGCAACAACAAGACAGAUCAAUAUAAUCUAGAUCUAGAUUCUACUUUGAGUUCAAUUAUAAGAAGCAGGGCAGCAUGGGAGAGGCAACUGGUGAUUUAGAUAUACAGUCAGAUGAAUUAACAGCAUUUUCAUAUUCUGAAGAUGUGAAGCUAGAGCCAUCUACAGUAUUUUCAUCUUCUGCUGACAUAAAAACAGAAUUAUCAACACUUUUGACUUUCCAUGAUAUAAAACCAAACAUGGCAUUGAUAACUUCACAGGAUUUUAAAACUGAUGUUACGCCAGAGUUUUUAUUUUCUAAAGAAACAAAAACAGAAUAUACAUUUUCAUCUUUUGAUGAUGUAAAACACAAUAUGACAUUAGUAACUUCUCAAGAUGUAGCAACAGGAUUUUUACUUCAUAAAGAUAUAGAGCCUGAUGUAUCAACAGUAUGUACAAGAUCUGAAGAUAUAAAAUCAGAAUUAGCAACGUUAUCAACGAGCGAAGAUAUAAAAUCAGAAUUAGCAACGUUAUCAACAAGCGAAGAUAUAAAAUCAGAAUUAGCAACGUUAUCAACUAGUAAAGAUAUAAAAUCAGAAUUAGCAACGUUAUCAACGAGCGAAGAUAUAAAAUCAGAAUUAGCAACGUUAUCAACAAGCGAAGAUAUAAAAUCAGAAUUAGCAACGUUAUCAACAAGCGAAGAUAUAAAAUCAGAAUUAGCAACGUUAUCAAAUAGUAAAGAUAUAAAAUCAGAAUUAGCAAUGUUAUCAACUCGUGAAAAUAUAAAACCAGAUCUAUUGACAAAAUUUGUAGAUUUUGAGGACAAACAACAAAAUGGACUAGAGGAAGAGCUAAAACUUUCUGAAGAAAAAACACAUCUGUCUGUUGAUGGUCCUGAACAGUUUUUUCAAAGCUCUAACUUGAAUAAACAUAAACAAGCUCAAGUAGGGGAAAAGCCUCUUGAAUGUGAUGCUUGUCAUAAAAGGUUUUCAGACAGUUCUAGUUUAAGUAAACAUAAAAAAGUUCAUUCUGGAGAUAAGCCUCAUGAAUGUGAUGUUUGUCAUAAAAAGUUUUCCAACAGUUCUUCUCUAAGCAAACACAAAAAAAUUCAUUUAGUUGUUAAGCCUGAUGAAUGUGAUGUUUGUCAUAAAAAGUUUUCAUACAGUUCUGCUCUAAGCAAACACAAAAAAAAUCAUUUAGUAAAUAAGCACAAUGAAUGUGAUGUAUGUCAUAAAAAGUUUUCCAACAGUUAUACUCUAAGCAAACACAAAAAAAUUCAUUUAGUAGUUAAGCCUUAUGAAUGUGAUGUUUGUCACAAAAGGUUUUCAUACAGUUCUACUCUAAGCAUACACAAAAAAAUUCAUUUAGGGGUUAAGCCUUAUGAAUGUGAUCUUUGUCACAAAAGGUUUUCAGACAGUUCUCAUUUUAAUAGACACAAAAGAGCUCAUUCAGGAGAUAAACCACAUGAAUGUGAUAUUUGUCAUAAAAAGUUUUCAUACAGUUUUACUCUAAGCAAACACAAAAAAAUUCAUUUAGGGGUUAAAGCUUAUGAAUGUGAUGUUUGUCAUAAAAAGUUUUUACGCAGUUCAAGUUUUAAUAGACACAAAAAAGUUCAUUCAGGAGAUAAUCCAAAUGAAUGUGAUGUUUGUCAUAAAAAGUUUUUACGCAGUUCAAGUUUUAAUAGACACAAAAAAGUUCAUUCAGGAGAUAAUCCAAAUGAGUGUGAUGUUUGUCAUAAAAAGUUUUCAAAUAGUUCUGCUCUAAGCAGACACAAAAAAAUUCAUUUAGCUCAUUCAGGAGAUAAACCACAUGAAUGUGAUAUUUGUCAUAAAAAGUUUUCAUACAGUUUUACUCUAAGCGAACACAAAAAAAUUCAUUUAGGGGUUAAAGCUUAUGAAUGUGAUGUUUGUCAUAAAAAGUUUUUACGCAGUUCAAGUUUUAAUAGACACAAAAAAAUUCAUUCAAGAGAUAAUCCAAAUGAAUGUGAUGUUUGUCAUAAAAAGUUUUUACGCAGUUCAAGUUUUAAUAGGCACAAAAAAGUUCAUUCAGGAGAUAAUCCAAAUGAGUGUGAUGUUUGUCAUAAAAAGUUUUCAUAUAGUUCUGCUCUAAGCAAACACAAAAAAAUUCAUUUAGUGGUUAAGCCUUUUGAAUGUGACCUUUGUCACAAAAGGUUUUCAGACAGUUCUUAUUUUAAUAGACACAAAAGACUUCAUUUAAGAGAUAAUCCUAAUGAAUGUGAUGUUUGUCAUAAAAAGUUUUCAUACAGUUCUGCUCUAAGCAAACACAAAAAAAAUCAUUUAGUAGUUAAGCCUUAUGAAUGUGAUGUUUGUCAUAAAAAGUUUUCAUACAGUUCUACUCUAAGGAAACACAAAAUAAUUCAUUUAGUAGUUAAGCCUUUUGAAUGUGAUCUUUGUCAUAAAAAGUUUUCACACAGUUCUACUCUAAGUGUACACAAAAAAAUUCAUUUAGAGGUUAAGCCUUAUGAAUGUGAUCUUUGUCACAAAAGGUUUUCAGACCGUUCUAAUUUUAUUAGACACAAAAGAGUUCAUUCAGGAGAUAAUCCAAAUGAAUGUGAUGUUUGUCAUAAAAAGUUUUCAUACAGUUCUGCUCUAAGCAAACACAAAAAAAUUCAUUUUGUAGUUAAAGCCUUAUGAUUGUUAUGUUUGUCAUAAAAGUUUUCAAAUAGUUCUACUUUAACUGUAAGGAAACACAAAAAAAAUUCAUUUUGUAGUUAAAGCCUUAUGAAUGUGAUCUUUGUCAUAAAAAGUCAUUACAGAUUUCUAGCUUAAGUAAGCACACAAAAAAAUCAUACAGGAGAAAAAUUCUAUAAAUCUGAUGUUGCUCAUGAAAAUUUUACCUAUAAGAGUAAGAGUGUAUGAAGUUUUUUAAAAUUCUUGAAGCACAAAUAGAAUAGACAUUUUAAUCUCCAAUUCAUUCAUAAUAUGUUUAUAUUAAUAAUAGGAUAGUAUUUUUUUUAUAUAUGCAAAUACAGCUAAAUUAAUAUUCAUUGCAUACAUUUAAAUGAAAAAAAAAAUAAUAGCAGACUAUAUUAAUAAAUUAUAAUAGUAAAAUUACCCAAUUUAGACCAUCCUUGUGGCUGAACAUUUAUAGUUGAUCUUUUUCUUUAAUCUCAGUCUGAGAAGAGUAAGUGGGGCCAUUCCCUAAAACAACUAUCAGUUUCUGGUGCUUGACACUAUCCCACUUUCUUUUCUAUUUGCAAACAGUAGCACCCUAUACAAGUUGCAAAUUAAAAGGCAUUAAAGACAAAAAUAUACUAAAGCUGUAAUGGUUGUGUUUGACAUUUUGGUAUCCUAUUUCUAACAUAAUUUAUGCUUUGUUGUGUUUACAUAUUUUUAUUUUUAAAAACACUUUAAUGAAAAUGUUACUGUAGUCAACUGGCAUAAGAUUGUAACAUGAAAUAAAAAAGAAUGGUAACUAAAUCUAUCAAUUUUUAUUUAGUGUUUUACUACCAAUGUCUGUAUUCUAACAUUAAAAACUCCAAUAAGACCACUGUGUGUUGAAUGCUGGGGUUUACUUGACCCUUAUCUGAUGAUUUCAUGCCUUAACAUGCCAGUUAG